AUGAGCGCGGUAGCAGUUAGCGAAGUGUCUCUGAACACACACGAGAGUGGUAUCAAGCCUUAUUUCGACCAGAAAGUACAAGAAAUAGAGCUAAAAAUUAGGGCUAAAACCCAGAACCUGAGACGUCUGGAAGCACAGCGAAAUGCGCUGAACGAUAAAGUGCGGUUUAUAAAGGAUGAACUGCGGCUAUUGCAAGAACCCGGAUCGUACGUGGGUGAAGUGGUCAAGGUGGUGUCGGACAAGAAAGUGCUGGUGAAGAUCCAGCCAGAGGGCAAAUACAUCGUGGACAUCGCCAAAGACAUCAAUGUGAAGGAUCUCAAGGCAUCACAGCGCGUGUGUCUGAAGAGUGACUCGUACGCACUACAUAAGAUCCUGGAGAACAAAGUGGACCCACUGGUGUCGCUCAUGAUGGUCGAGAAAGUGCCAGAUUCGACCUACGACAUGGUGGGUGGUCUAACAAAACAGAUCAAGGAGAUCAAGGAGGUCAUCGAACUGCCCGUAAAACACCCAGAACUGUUUGAGAGUCUGGGAAUCGCACAACCCAAGGGUGUCAUUCUGUACGGACCUCCUGGUACCGGUAAAACCUUACUGGCGCGAGCCGUGGCACACCACACAGACUGCAAGUUCAUCAGGGUGAGCGGAGCGGAGCUGGUUCAGAAGUAUAUUGGUGAGGGUUCGCGUAUGGUGAGAGAGCUGUUUAUCAUGGCCCGCGAACACGCGCCAUCGAUCAUUUUCAUGGACGAAAUCGAUUCUAUCGGGUCUAGUCGUGUGGAGGGCAGCUCUGGUGGCGAUUCCGAGGUGCAAAGAACCAUGCUGGAAUUGCUGAACCAGCUGGACGGCUUUGAGACCUCCAAGGACAUUAAGAUCAUCAUGGCCACCAAUAGACUCGAUAUUCUAGACCCUGCGUUGUUGAGACCCGGGAGAAUUGACCGUAAAAUCGAGUUCCCACCUCCUACGGUAGCUGCUAGAGCCGAGAUCUUGCGCAUCCACUCUCGCAAAAUGAACCUGACCCGUGGCAUCAACCUGCGCAAGAUCGCCGAAAAGAUGAACGGGUGUUCCGGUGCUGACGUCAAGGGUGUGUGUACGGAAGCAGGGAUGUACGCGUUGCGCGAGCGUAGAAUUCACGUCACGCAGGAGGACUUUGAGCUUGCUGUGGGCAAGGUAAUGAACAAGAACGACGAAACUGCAAUUUCUGCUGCCAAGCUCUUUAAGUGA